ACAAGAACCAGAAAAGGUUUCUCAACCUCAAUUGCUAAAGCAAGGACUACUCUACUUCACACUCCCGGAUCAUGCACACAAAGGGUGAGGGAGGAGCGUGAGGAUGCUGUGAGGCCAUAGCUGUCCCUCCAGACCAAUUGGAGCCGGACCUGGCUGGGACAUGGGGACCCAGAGCAGGCUGAACUUGGGGCUUGCCUCCCAAAAUGCGUUCCUACCCCUAAGAGGCAGAGAGAGGAGCGGAGUACGUGCGUGAAAGCUUACAACGUAAAGCUUACAACGUUAAAGCAACAAACGUUAAGAGCUCUCUUAAGAGUUGGGCUGAGCCGGAUCCUCUUUUAGCGUCAGAGGGCUCAGGAGUGUCUGCGGCAGUUCCAGGGGCGCGCAGGACCCAGUGGCUCUGGGCGCACUGGAACAGCCCGUGCUGGCUGCGCCGUGGCACCGCUUGGGCGCACAAAAGUUGCUCCAUCCCUUUGAGAGGAGUAGAUGCUACUGUCGACCCCGCCGCCGCUGCCGCCACCACCUCCGCAGAAGCCAGGGUUGAUGGAUGCUGGGGAGUGUCGCAUUGCUUAGCAUCUCUACCUCGCGGUUUGCUGGCACAUCCUUCAGCAGGGAACGCAGCAGCUUCACAGUGCUGGGGCUGCGAUGUCCGUGGGGGUUGUUUUCUUGCAAGACAAGAGAAGACAGAACCAAGACUCUAAGCACCCACGCUAGUUGGAAUUAGGGUUUCUUUCCUUUCCUUUUUUUUAUUUUUUUAAAUUCAGAAUGGUAAAGUACAAGAGGUAGGCCUUCAGGGCCUAUCCACAGGCUCACUUCAAAUGGGAGGCAUUGUUUUUUAAGGGGUUCUAGGGGGGAGACAUUUAGAGACUCCCCAGAAAAGCUAUGGGGAAAAGCAGGAGCAACAAGGUACUUGGCUUAAAACAGAAGAGGAACCAUUUCUUGUACAGGAAAGGAAGCAGACAGCAGUGAGGAGAAACAGAGGCCAGAGUGUGGUGUGGAGGUGACAAGUACCAGGUAUAUUGCUGGACACACAAAGAGAGAAUCAGAGUUGGAUACAAAGGGACAAUGACUCACUUGCAAGCUGGUCUCUCUCCUGAGACCUUGGAGAAAGCGCGCCUGGAACUCAAUGAGAACCCAGACACUCUGCACCAGGACAUCCAGGAAGUAAGGGACAUGGUCAUCACCAGGCCGGACAUUGGCUUUCUGCGCACAGAUGACGCUUUCAUAUUACGCUUCUUGCGGGCCAGAAAAUUUCAUCACUUCGAAGCCUUCCGCCUCUUGGCCCAAUACUUUGAGUACCGGCAGCAGAACCUGGAUAUGUUCAAAAGCUUCAAGGCCACCGACCCUGGCAUCAAGCAGGCAUUGAAGGACGGCUUUCCCGGGGGCCUGGCCAAUCUGGACCACUAUGGGAGGAAGAUUCUAGUCCUUUUUGCUGCCAACUGGGAUCAGAGCAGGUACACACUGGUGGAUAUUUUGCGCGCCAUCUUACUUUCUUUAGAAGCCAUGAUUGAAGAUCCAGAGCUUCAAGUAAAUGGAUUUGUUUUGAUCAUAGACUGGAGUAACUUUACCUUCAAGCAAGCUUCUAAGCUUACUCCAAGUAUGCUGCGACUUGCAAUUGAAGGUCUUCAGGACAGCUUCCCUGCGAGAUUUGGAGGGAUUCAUUUUGUCAAUCAACCUUGGUAUAUACAUGCCCUGUACACUGUGAUACGCCCAUUCCUAAAAGAGAAGACUCGGAAAAGGAUAUUUUUGCAUGGUAACAACCUGAACAGUCUACACCAACUAAUUCAUCCUGAGAUCCUACCUUCUGAGUUUGGAGGAAUGUUACCCCCAUAUGACAUGGGUACAUGGGCACGAACCCUGCUAGACCAUGAGUAUGAUGAUGACAGUGAGUACAACGUGGAUUCCUAUAGCAUGCCUGUAAAGGAAGUGGACAAGGAGCUCUCCCCCAAAUCCAUGAAGAGAUCUCAGUCAGUAGUGGACCCUACAGCACUGAAACGCAUGGAUAAAAGCGAAGAAGAAAACAUGCAGCCUUUACUUUCUCUGGACUGAGAACGUCUCCACCCCUACCCCAUGGAUUAAAAAUGGGAGGUCCUGGUUUUCAGCAACAGGGACAGCACUGUGGGAUUUACCUGCUGGAAAAUGUUAUUCAUGUUUAUAUAGCAUAAUUCAUAAGGCAUCUGGCUUUCACAUUUGCCUAAACCAUGGGUGCCCUGGGCUAGAUUUUAAAAAGUCAAUAAUUUAUUCUGUAAGUGCCAAGUUCUUUGUAAAUACAAUAUCGUCAUCACAUCUAGUUUGUAAAUUUUGUUAGUAAUUUAAUUUGGGAAAGAUUGACUCACAUGUUUGAGCCAGUGAUACGGACUAAAAUAAUGGAGCAUAAGAACACAUACCCUAUGAAAUUUCGUUAAAGGAAUCCCUGUUUCCUACGAAGCCAUUUAUCUGCUCUCAUAGUGAUUGUUUCAAUGUUUUUCUCCAAAACACUGUCUAUAGUCAAACAUACUUUGGUCACAGGAAGAUCAAUUACUUCCCAGAAAUUGUUAAGAUUAAUGUUUUCCUGUUUAGUGUUUAGCGAUUUUUGUUUCAGAAGAGUUUUUCUGGAAACAUCACUGACUGCUUUCUGAAGAAAAAGAGUGACUGAUGAGCUGGGAAACCGAACCAAACAUGAGCUCUUCUCUGUCCUUUGAUUUGGACACUUUUCAAGAAAAUAUGUUAAGAUGAGGAAUUCUGAAAAAGAAUGUUUUGUUUGUUUGUUUGUUUGUUUGGUUAGGGUUUUUUGUUGUUGUUUGUUUUGUUUUGUUUUGUUUUUGUCUAAAUGCCUGUCUUCACAAUAUUUCUUUACUUAAGUUCCCAUUGUAACCCCUGUCUGAUGUACUUUAAAAUAUAUCUUCAUCCAAAGUCUUUGACAAAGUAAAUGAGAGUUCCUGAAUCAUUUUGACAGACAAUUUUUAAACAUAAAAUUUAUCACUUUCAGCUAAUUUCAGAUCAUUGUGGAAGUGUUGAAAAAUAUAAAUAUUUACUUACAAUAUACAUAGUUUUAUUAGCUUCUAAUAAAUUCUUGAUAUGACAGGCAUUGAGAUGUCAUGAAAAAUAACUGUUGGUGAAGUAAAUAUAAAUGAGACCAUUUGACAGACUAAGGACACGCAUUCAAGGGAUUUUAGUACAUCAUAAAAUGAAAUCUUGAAUAUGUAUCAUCCUAAUAAAUAUGGUUUUACUUUCUUUUUAAGAAUCAACAAAUCUAAAUGUGAUAUAGGUACCAGGCAAUGAAGAGAAAAAGAGUUUUUCUUGAGUUUAAACUAAUUAUCCUAUUGUUCUUUCAUGCUCAUGUUUUCUUUUGAGAAAAGAUGAAAAGAAUAGCUGGUCAGUGGUGGUGCAUGCCUUUAAUCCCAGUGCUUGAGAGGCAGAGACAGGUGGAUUUCUGAGAUCGAGGCCAGCCUGGUCUACAGAGUGAGUUCCAGGACAGCCAGAGUGACACAGAGAAACCCGGUCUCGGAAAAAAAAAAUAGAUGACAUCUGGCAGAUAUAAUUAUAAGUGAUGGAGAACAUUGAUGAAAGCAUAUAACAGUUUGAAUCUAAACUCAAAUUUGUAUGUAAUUUAAAGACUUAUUUUAUAAAUUGUAUAAUUACACCCAAUGCUAAACAUCUUAAUUUAAAUGUCUAAUUCUUGUGUAGAAAGGCAGCAAUUUUAUCACAUUCUUGUCAUGAUGAAUUUUGAGAUUGAGAAUUUACCACUCUUUGUUCAAAAGAAAAAUAUCUCCAAAAACUUUUGAAAUCCAGUAUAUGUAAAGGCAUCUCACAGUUUUACAUAGACCAUAGCCAAAAACUCCAAAAAAAAUACAAUUAUAAUUAUGCAUCCCUAAAUCUCAAAGUUGAAUCAAUAGAUCAAUCCACAGUAACAUAGGCUACCUAAUGCUUACAAAAUUACAAGUUUUUUAAAGCUACCUUAUUCUUAAAGAAUAACAACCUUCAGUUGUGUGUAGAGUAAUAGUGAUUGAUGGUCUGGGUAGUCUGUCCAACCUCAUGUCAGAGAUUGGAAUGAAAUGGGGAUUAAAAGCCAAGGCAAUUCUAUUUGAGAAGAACUGAUGCACCAUUUACUGAUGUAUAAAUUUCUACCUGACAUAGAUUCUGUUAUAAACAUGCAGCUGGCACUAGGAGUCAUUGGAAUAAAGCAAGAAUAAUGUAAUCACAGGCAGGCGGUCUCCUACUCUUGACAUGGAUCAUUUCUUGACAUUUUUCAGAAUUCUACCAGCUUCAGAAGUCACCCAACAUGGCCAACAUCCUUCUCCUAUUGUAAAGUUAGUGUCACAUAUAAAAAAUAACUAGUAUCAUCUACACUUUCUCCUAAUCCCACAUUUGCCAGGCAUCUGCUUCUCUUUACAUGAGCAACUGAAAGUUGUCUAGAUGGUAUACAAUGCUUUUAAAAUGAAUGAACACAUUAAAAGAAUGAUGACUUUUGAUUUUCCAGCCAUGGGUUGAAAGCUUUUUAGUCAAUGAUAUUUAUUCAAAUUUAUAAAAUGUGUGCAGGCAAACUUUCCCGCAUGUAGUGUUGUACAUCAUGGUACAUGAUCUAGUGAAAAAGCAUUCCAGUAUUCUUUCACUAGAUGGUCUUGAUGGAUUCUACUCUUUACUUUCAAUCCUAUAGUUUAUCUUUUAAAUGGUCUCAUUACUUGACAUUUGUGAACUUCAAAGAGAUACCACUUCAAUUUGUAAUAGUUGGCAAUUGUUUGUUCUUUCUAAUAAUGGUGAUGGACAUCGACCCCUGUCCUGAGUGUACCAGACAGAUACUCUAUCCUUGAGCCCUAUGCUAAAUCCCAAUUUAUUUAUUUAUUUUUUACUUUGUCAGUUCCAUUGUUUAUAUCUUUCAGUUGUUUCAAAAACAACUGCUUCCAAAACUGGCUUAGAAAAAAGAAUACUUCUUACUAUUGGUGACACAAUUUGUUGAAUUUGCUUAUUUAGUAAUAAGGUAAUACCAUAACACAUACUCUAAGGAAUAUGAAGAUGUGCCUCUUUAAAUAGACAAAAGUAUCAGUAAUGACAUAUUCAAUUUAUUUGCACUCUCAAAGAAAAUCAACAUAUGUUCUUCAGUAUUGUAAAAGUAACAUGUAGAUAUCGCUUGAAGAAUGAUAUCCAAGGAUGUGGUUUAAUGAUUUUCAUACAGUAUUGUCUGUUAUGCAAGAUGAAAGCAGUAACUUCAACCCAUACUAUUUGAAACAGAGCACUAUGUUAAAAUAUUAUAAAGGUAUUAAGUAAAUUUUUUCAAGCAAGGUGUCAAAAUGGGGAAAUAGUUUGCAUUUGUGUAGGCAGAAGCAUUCCAAAAGCCACAUCAUAGAAAACGUUCAUUAUACAUAUUAAAGUUUUCAUAGCCCUAAAGAGAAAAACCAUAUAAAGUGUUCUCUUUCAUAUGGAUAUGCAAGUCAUAUGGUUCAAUCAAGCAUUUAAGGUUUCUGUAACAUUCCCAAGGGAACAGAACAGAUAGUAUAGACCAUGAAAGAGGAAUCACUUAGGAAACCGUUGGAACCAGAGCAAGCUGUUUCUAUUUCCACACACAACUUUAGGUUUAUCACCAUACCUAUGGUCCUUUAAGGAUGCUUUAUUGAGAAAGUCUGCUGAGAGACUGUAUAUCUGCUGCUUUCAUUGAGUACAUAUAUAUUACCUACUCCUUGACAAGUUGUAAUGAGCCAUAAUGGGAUUCCAGAAAGAUUAUCAACACACAGGAUAAAAUGACCAAACUUAAGUCCCAGCAUGUGCUAAUUCAACUUUUAGUGCAUAUGUUAUUGAUACUUGACAUCACCAGCCCAUAGGCUUUCCAGUUUAGACCUCCUAUGUGCACAGGGAGCCUAAAGUAAACGUGCUCUUGGAACUUGUGAGGCUGUUUCAAGAAAAGGCAUUCAUGGAACAAAUGGACUUUUCUAUUUUUUAGCUGAGGAAAACAGCUUCUAAUGUGCUACUGCAAUGACUGGUCAUUGCCGAGCACUUCAUAUUGGGUGGAUAAAUAGAAAUUCAAGCAGGCCUUGCCUUUGCAUCAUGAUUAGCUCAUGGGCUGAUUUUACAGUAUGGAGAAGAGAUUUUAUGCACCCAAGGUUUUAGUUUAUAAGAAUCCAGAGGUUACUUUAGUCCUACACAUACUGUUAUAAGGCUUGUUACUUAAAAAAAAUAUUGGAAUGAAUCCACCUAGACUGUAGAUAAAAACAAAAUUUAAUUUCUGAGUAAUAAAAUGCUCAAAUUUGACCUGUUGUUCAAAGGAGUACAAAUGUUACUAUAGAAAUGAAAAUCAUUUAGAAACCAAAUUGUUGUAAUAACUGCAUUUUAGAGCAAGGCUUGGCAAAUGUUGACAAUGUAGAAGGUAUUUGUCAUUAUUUGAUUCAGUUUCAGAUCUCCAUGCAAAUUUUUCUGUACUUUAUGUUUUCAGAAUUGUUGAAUAUGACAUUAUUAUUUUUGUGAAUAAAAUAGACCUAGGUAAAACCUAACUAAAGUUAAACAAUAUCUUUAGCAUGACCCAGUCCUCAACUAUUUUGAAAAAUCUCAAUGAUAUCUAUAUAACUGAUAUCACCACAGGUUCAAGCCAUUGUCUUAUUUCUGAUCUAGUUUUGUUUUAGACUUUGUGUUAUUGCACGAUGUUUUUUCUAGUUUCAAACUUUUAUGAUAAACAAAAUACUUUUAAAAAUAAAGCUAAAAAUGCAUAUUCUUUGUCCUUAAGGUUCCAAUAAUAUUUACAAUGAAAUUAUACAAGUGUAGCAAAAGUGCCAAACACUUUAUUAUUUGACUUAAAUGUAUUAACUAUUUCUGUUAUUUAUUGUUUGUACUCCAUUAUUCAUUAUUUACUAUCUGAUUUCUUGAGGGAGUUGUUUGUGGCAAAGCACUUUGAUAAAACAUAUCUCUUACAUUCUAGGAAUCUGAGAGUUUUGCAGGACUUCAUAUUAAUAAAAUACAUAUUAAUAAAAUACAUUGAGUUCACUGAAGUUUUAAGAAUGCUAUCCUACUGUGUGCUCAACCUCUUUGUUCAAUUUUCUCUGAUCAAUGUAAAAACCAACCUCAAUUGCCUUGGAUUUCCCAUGUAUUCAACUUUUGCAAUCUAUGAUAAUACAUAUCUGUAAUCUUAGCUACUCUUCCAUGCCCUGACAUAGAACAAUGUAUUUGUAUCAUUUACUGAAAACAACAGAGUUGCUGAAAACAGUCUAAAAUGAAUAUCCACCAUGAAUUUUGAGCAUAAAUUUGAAUGUUGAUUAAGAAACAAUGAUGUUCUUAGUACUGUUUGCUGUUCGGUCAGUUGGGAUAUGUUUAAGCAAAUGCCUUAUUCUCUUGUAAAAUCAUGAUAAAGAUUUCUGUAAAAUAUCCCUCAUCCUUUUUCCAUUAGAUGUUUUUUAUGCUGGUCAGUAAAGCAAACCAAAUUGCUUUGGUAGACCCAGAGACAGUCACACAAACAGACAGACACAAGACAGUCUUCAAUCAGGGACAAAUUCAGACUCAUGUAAUGGAGAGACAGAAGCCAGAAGAUACUGGGAGCAUAGAGAAUUCAAAUAUGGACUCUCUCUUAGUUAAAUGACUCCAAAGAAAAAUGCUUUUAUUACUUUUCUUAGAAAUGUAAAAAGGAUGCAAUACUAGUAAUGUCGAGUAAACUUUUGAUAAGUGUAAUGUACUCAGUAAUUUAUUCUAACAAAGAAUUAAAAAAUGAAAAACAAUUAUUUUUGGUAAGAAUACAGUUCUGUCAACUGUAUUU